UAGCUGGUCUAUAUAAAGGAAAUGUGUUUAUAUUAUGUAUUCACCUCAAAAGUAUCAUUGACGAUGGGCGUCUCAAAGAUAUCCUUUAUUCUACUGUUAGUAGCGUGGAGCGUACAGGGCGAUGCUGAAGGUUUCACCUCUAAUUCUGGAGGCCAAGAGCCCGACACCCGAGUGGUGGGUGGCAAAGAGGCUCCCGAAAAGCUUGUGCCACACCAAGUCGCUCUACAAUUAAAAGACGGCUGGACUUUCUGCGGUGCUGCUGUCAUCUCCGACAGAUGGAUACUGACAGCUGCCCAUUGUGUCAAAAGUCGCAAACCAGCAGAUUUUAUGGCUGUAGUUGGUACCUUAUCGAGAACGAAAGGUGGUACAAAAUAUGAAAUAAGCAAAGUCAUUCCUCACAAAGAACAUAACAAGCCAAAUAAAUUCAAAAACGACAUAGCCGUUAUAAGUACGAAAAAGGCCAUCGAGUUCAAUAAAAACGUUCAGCCCCUGCCAUUACCCACAAAAGAUAUCAAGGCUGGAUUGUGGUGUAUACUGAGCGGCUGGGGUAAACUUGGUGAAAACGAGCGCUCGCCUGAUAAACUACAGUAUCUUUAUGUAAGAACUUUAACGGGCGAACAGUGUAAUAAAUACUUUAAAGGACGCUCCCCAGUGACCAUAAAUUCCAGCCAGAUGUGUACCCUUAACAAACGUGGAGAAGGAACCUGCCAAGGUGAUUCAGGCGGCAGCUUGGUGUGCAACGGCACCUCAGCCGGUAUCGUGUCCUUCAACUGGCCCUGCGCCAACAAUUUCCCUGACACGUACGCCAACACGUACAAGUACAACUCCUGGAUAAAAGAAAAUACUAAAUCACCCUGAGUAUUGUAAUACAUAAAUUUUUAAAAAAUUCCUUACACAAAUUAAUAUGUGUUUUAUAUAGUAAAAAACUCAGGCUCAGAACUGGACUUGUCUAGAAUAUUAAAUAUUAUCAUACCUUAAACAAAACUCUUUUUAUUC